AAGAUGAGAAAUCACAUUGAUUAGAGUGGAUUUGACUAUGAUUAGAUAGAUAAAUCAUAGAAGACAUUAAAGGGAAGGUAAGAAUAAUCUGUAUUUGAAGUUUGGGAAGGUAAUUUUAGAUUAGGUGGAAAUUUAUGCCAUUUGAAGGAAUUGCACAUUGAUUUAAGAGAAUGUGUUAUUGAUUGUAAUUAUAAUUAAUAGGAAUUUGGAUUGUUUUUAUAGCUCAAGAACUUUGAAAUGCAAUCAAUGGAAAUGAUUAAGAAGAAUAGGGAUAAUUAAAUAUAUAAAUGGAAUGAAAAUAAAGAUAUUUAUUUUUUUAAUUUAAAAUGUCUGUGGACAACAGCUUCGACAAUUUAGAGCAUCUGAU